AUGCCACGACCCGGAACCGAGGUCCUACAGCUUCUGCGGCAACAGGGCGGCGUUGAAGAGGGCAAAAGCACGACGCUCCCCAAUACACGCACAUACUCUGAUCCUGAUCCUGAUCGGCAUGCGGGCAGCUGGACGCGCCACUCCCAGGCCCUUGACAGCAGAGAAAACACAGGAUUGGUGGAUUUCACUGCAUCACGCCGCAUUCUCGACCCUGCAGGAGGAGGUUCUCAACGAGACUUCUGCUGUGGGCCGGACCAGCCCGAGUCCAUCUGGGGAAACAGCGGGGUCUCGGGGGUCAAGAGAAGUUGGCGUCUUGGCUUCAACGAGUCUUGA